AUUGACUGCAUUUCAAAUCGAAGUCUUAUCAGAAUCUCAGAUAGAAGAAGAAGGAGAGGACAGAAAUGUCGAAGCUGGUAUACCCAAAGCUCAGUCGCACCGAGAUCGUCACAAUCCUCGUCGAGGCUCAGAUCAUCGCUAUUUCCGAGCAGGAUCUUCUCAACCCGAACCCGGAUCUCAUCGCCGACCUCUACACCCGGAUCCUCACCACCUUCGACUUCCUCCCCGAGGAAGAUGAGCAAGUUGAUUUUGAUGCCUUGGAGCUGCUCGAGAAUCCGGAUUUUCACGACAAGUCGGCCCGGAGCAUCAAGCUGUACAACACACUGAAGCAAGUGGUGGCGUUAUUGGAUUGCCCUAAGAAAUUUAUCUACGCAGAUCUCAUAAGACCCGACCCGAAUCGGACCGAGGUUUUUCUGAGUGCCCUUCUCAAUUACCAUGUAUAUAGAGAGACAAGAAUAGAUCUCGUAGCUAAAGUUGUGGAUCAAUUAACCGACCUUGAGAAGCAGCACAUAUGGUGGGGCGGUCAGGUUUCUCAGUGGAAUACUGAGAUUGCACACUACAAAGAAACAAGAGAAAAGGAGUUACCUCUUGUUCAGGAGGUAGAUUCCAAAGUCAAAGAAUUGCGCCAAACCAUAUCAGACCUUAACCUUGAUCAAGUGAAACUGAGAACUUCUAUUAGGAAGUUAAAGGAGAAGGCUGCUGAAAUGGAUAAAGAGAUGUCUGAUGCUGAUUUUGAUCUGCUAAAAAGUGAUUCGGAAAGACAAGAGUUUCGUUCAAAAAUUGUUCAUUCACCAGAUAAACUGCAGAGAACUUUAGCAGAGAAGAAAUUAAUUAGAGAGAAGGCUACGAGUGAUGAAAUGUUAGCCAUGCAAUCUUUGAAGGAGAAAACUGCUGUUGAUGAGGUGUAUGCAAAGGUUUCCAAGAAAUUGUUAAAACACUUGGCCCAGAUGCAUGCUAUACAAGAACAGGUCAAUUCUGCUAAAUCUACUAGUAAAGACUACAGGGCUGUAAAAGAAAAAAUAAGUGAUGAUGAAGUCCUAAGCAAGGUUCUUCAUGAUGAACUAAUGAAACAGCAAUCAAAAGUGAAAGAAUUGAAUGAUUUCAAAAAGAAGUUAGAAAAAGAACGAUAUCUCAAGUUUGAGGAGGCUAGUAAAGAACUGAGUAAUGUGAAGCUGGAGGUGGAAUCUAGGAGGUGUGUGCUGGAAGCAAGGCAAAAGAAUGUUGAAGCUGCAAUAGCAGAGGUGGAAACUAUAACUGCAAAGACUGCAUCAGUAAGAAAAUCUGGAGCAGCUGAUCAGCAACAAUUAGCUCGUCGAAGUGAGGAGAUCACUAAAGAGUUGCACCAAUACUUAUAUUCAAUUGGGAUCUUGCUCCAAUGUUGAUGGAGAGUCAGAAGCUAUUGAGCAUGGAGCAGGUUCUUCUGGAUUUGUUGGCUAGUUUGACUGCUGAAAGUAUCUUAAAUAUUCUGUUCAAGAGCCCAAAGCAUCCUUGCCUGAUGCAGUCCUCCCCCGCUGGGUAUGCCCUUAUCACUGACUUCUUCAUCCCUCAAAUGUAAAAAAUGCAGCUUCAGUUGCGACAAGUAAUGGUAUGAUGCCUUUACAUAUUCACAGUGGAUCUAGGGUGUGUUUGGUAUGGCUGUACUUUUAAGAAAAACUAGUUUUUGCUUAUUUUUUAGAAUAACUGGCUGAAAAUCAAAGCAGCCGAGUGUUUGGUAAACUAAAUUUUUGUAAGUGUUUUGAGUUUGUAGAAUGAUCAAUUUG